GCGGGGAUUUGAGUUUGUGAAGACAUGGCUAGACAAACCAGGCCGGCCUGUGUUCACCCCUGACCUCUCGGACAAGGAUCGCCUGACUGCUGAAGCAGAUGAAGUAGCAGAGAUUAUGUCUGAUGGACGAAGAAAGGGCUCUGAGGCCAAGGACAUCAGUGGUUGGCAGACGUACCAGAUCAUGUACUUUCUGGACAUCUUGUCUCGUAACUCCCCAUUGCCUGAUGGGUGCAUGCAGAAGCUGGCUGCCACUUACCCCCAACUGGCCAAGUCACAGAAUGCUGAGGUCACUACCGGUUAUCUAGUUUUUGUCUCUCUUAAAUUUGGGGGUCAAGGGUUUAUGCUUGAUUGCAUAUGA